AUGGAUAUCAAUUUAAAUAACAUUAAAGAAUAUAUAAAUAUUAAAGACAAAGAAUUUACAAAUAAGUUUUAAAACAUUUUGUUAGAGACCUUUACAAAAUUCAGUUUUUGGCAAUCAAAGAUGUUAAAUCUAAAUAAAAAAUUAUCAUAAGGAUCAAUACAUAAUUAAACUUAAUUAAAAUAAUUCAUUGAAAGAAUCUUUGAAGAAUUACAACUAAAUUUGCAAUAGAUAUCCUUAUAUAUAGAGGAUGUAUUCUAAUAAUUAAACUCUAAUUUAACUUCAUAGAUUAAUAAAUUAGAACAAUUUAAUCGUCAAUAUGAAUAACUAUUUUUAGUGGAUAAUUUUAUUAAUGAUAAAAGAUUGCUGUUUAUUUAUGAUUUCAAUUAAUCUUUUAGUGAUUACUCCAAAUUUAUUGCAAGUGAUAAUUAAGUUGUUAGCAAAAUUAUAUAAAUUUAAGAUAAAAUAAUUGUGAGUAGUUUUGAUAAAUCAAUUUCUAUUUGGAAUAAAAAUCUAUAAGAAAUAUAAAGAAUUAAAGAUGUACAUUAAUCAUGGAUUAGAGUUUUAACCUAUUUUAAAUAUUAAGGACAAGAAUAUAUAUUAAGUUGUGGAGAUGAUUAAAAAUACUCAAUUUUCAAUGUAAAUAUAAAUAAUAAUUAUCAAAUUUUAAAAUUGCAUUAAGAAAUAAGUAAUCUUGCUUAUAGUAGACAAGCGAUUUUUUAUAAGAAUUGUAUUUUUAGUCCUGGAGGUUAGAGAUAAAAUCAUGAUAUCUUAUGUUAUAAUUUAGAUUUAAACUAAUACUAAUAUAGAUUUCAAUUUCAUAAGAAUAUGCUAAUAAAUUUAAAAUAAAUUGAAACAAAUAUAUUAUUAUCAACUGAUUCUUAAGGAUAUACAGUAAGAUGGUUAAUAUCAAAAAUCUCAAGAACUCAUUUUAGAAAAUUGAAUAAUUUAAGUUGUUCAGAUUAUGAAAAGAAUUUAAACUUUUUUGGAACUGAACAAGGAAAGAUUAUGAUUUGCAAUAAUAAGAGUAAAAUAUUAAGAAACAUAAAAUUAUCAAAAUCAAAAAUAUUACAUAUUCAAUAAUUGGAUUCUCAUCAUUUAUUAUUUAUCUGCAAACCUGAUUACUUUUGUUUGUAUAAUAUAAAGUUUAAUGAAUUAUUAUUGAAAGUCAAACUAUUAGAAAUUGAUGAAGUAACAGCAAUAAGUAUAAAUAUUCCAUAAGGUAUAUUGAUUCUUGGAGAUAAAAGAGGAAGACUUUUUGUAUAUAAUUUUAGAUUGUAUUUAACAAUAAUAUGA